AGGAGGAGGAGGAGGCAGCAGAGAUGAAAACACAGCUGAUCCCUGGCCAGACCGCAGACCCAGCACCAGUCAAUGUGCCACCACCGGGGUCCAGAGCCUGUCCCCGCGGGGGGCUCUCACACUGACCGGAGGCUUUCCUGCGGAGCCCCCCUUCUCCCACAAUCCAUUGUAUCUCGCUGGUGUAUACUCAUUGUGUAAUGGAUCUGAUGUCAGCAUCAUGGAUGGGAAUUCUUAUUCGCCUCUAAGUCACCCUGCGGCGUAAGGAUCACAGAAGAAGAAGCGUCGGCGCCGACCAUGGGGUUCCUACACCAGCUGCACCUUCUGCUUUGGAAAAAUGUCUCCCUGAAGCGGAGAAGCCCGUGGGUCCUGGCCUUCGAGAUCUUCAUCCCCCUGGUCCUGUUCUUCAUCCUGCUCGGACUGCGCCAGAAGAAGCCGACGAUCCGCGUGAAGGAAGCGUUUUACACUGCAGCUCCUCUCACCUCCGCUGGGAUCCUGCCGGUCAUGCAGUCUCUGUGUCCCGAUGGCCAGAGAGAUGAGUAUGGAUUCCUGCAGUACACCAACUCCACGGUCACCCAGCUCCUGGACCGGCUCACCGAGGUGGUGGAAAACAGUAACCUGUUUGAUACAAACCGUCCGGGGCUGGAGGAAGAGCUGGAAUCUCUAAAGAAUCACCUGGAGUCCUUGAGCAGUGACCACAGCUCCCUGGAGAACCACUUCCAGCGCCAGCAAGGGUUUACUUUGGAUUCUGUAGUAAAAAACAAGACAGAUUUUCGGGAAUUCCUCCAGUCCAAUCUAUCGUUGCCCAACAAUGUGGUGGAUUUACUGUCCGGCUCCAGUAUCAAUCUGCAGGAGGUUUACCGCUUGCUCUUUAGCUCUCCGCACCCGUCGGCCGAUGAUUUGUCAUCUAAGAACCCCUGGGACGCAGCCACGUCAGCGGGAGGGCAGAUCUUCAAUCUACAUGGGAACAUUCUAGGCAAAUGGAAAUCCUUCCAGGAAGGGUUAAUCCACAAGGCCAUACAGGAUCCUCUGAAGUCCGGGCACAGGCUGGCUCUCCUGAGGCUUCUGACCCUGGCACUUGGCCUGGCCAUCCCCAAUACUUCAUCUGAAGACUACGACCCCCAGGCGAUGGUGAAGGAGCUGGAGGAAAUUCUCUUCACUCCUAAAGAGCUGGAGUACCUGACGUGUGAGGGGAGUCUGGAGCAGCUGGGCAGUAUCCUCGGAGUGUCCGAAGCCAAGCGCCCCCUGCUGACCUCCUAUAAGAACAUCGUAUGUGAUGGCACCGAGCCCGCCCGCACCGAACGCUUCAAGGAACUGGCCGGAGAACUGAAGGAACAGGUGGACGUCCACAAAACCAUCAGCCAGCUCCGACUCGACGAGGUAAAUGCCACGGAAACGCAGCAUCGCCUGCGCUUGCUCCUGGACAACCUACUGCAAGUCGAGAAGAUCCUAAAAGACGUGGAUAUACUGUCUGCUCUGGCCAAGUUGUUACCCAAAGGAGCCUGUGUCAGCAAAACCAACCCAACCCUGGUCAACUCCACCAGCUGGAACUUCAACACCACCAGUAAUGCCAACUCCACCGGAGAAGGGGAAGAGGGCAGAGGCCAGGAGGGCGACACAGAUGAGGAAAACCCACGCAGCCAAUUUUCAGCCUUUGUUCAGCUGUGGGCGGGCCUUCAGCCUAUCCUGUGCGGUAUCAACCGAACCAUUGAGCCCGAAGCCCUGAAACAGGGGAACAUGAGCUCCUUGGGCUUCACCAGCAAAGAGCGGAGGAACCUGGGUCUUCUCGUGCACCUUAUGACCAGCAACCCAAAAAUCCUUUACUCCCCGGUGGGAACUGAAGUCGACAAAGUAAUCCGCAAGGCCAACGAGACGUUUGCAUUCGUCGGUAACGUGACACAAUAUGCCAAGAUGUGGAUGAACAUCUCAGCUGAGAUCCGCAGUCUGCUGGAGGACGGGAUGCUGCAGCAACGUAUUCAGCGGCUGCAACAGGUUACCAGCUACCUUCAGAGACUCCCGGAGUUCCAGAACGGCACCGACGGUGAACUGCUCCGCCGGGUCCUCAGCUCCAACUUCACAGCGUUCAAUGUCAGCACUUUACUGCAACAGCUUGACACCAUUGACAACGCGGCAUGCGGCUGGACACGCUUCAUGUCUAAGGUCAGCGUUGACAUCUUCAAGGGGUUCCCCAAUGAGGACAGCAUAGUGAACUACACCCUCAACCAGGCGUAUCAGGACAAUGUCACCGUGUUCGCAAGUGUCAUUUUCCAGACCAAGCCGGAUGGUUCACUCCCUCCGCACGUCAUGUACAAGAUCAGACAAAAUUCCAGUUUUACAGAAAAAACGAAUGAAAUCCGCCGGGCGUACUGGAGACCGGGACCCAACACCGGAGGGCGCUUCUACUUCCUUUAUGGCUUCGUGUGGAUACAAGACAUGAUGGAGAGAGCCAUAAUCAAUACCAUUGUGGGCCAUGACGUGGUGGAACCUGGAAACUAUGUGCAGAUCUUCCCGUAUCCGUGUUACACGCGUGACGAUUUCUUGUUUGUGAUCGAGCACAUGAUGCCGCUGUGUAUGGUCAUCUCCUGGGUCUACUCCGUGGCCAUGAUGAUCCAGCACAUCGUAGCCGAGAAGGAGCAUCGCCUGAAAGAGGUGAUGAAGAUGAUGGGUCUAAAUAAUGCAGUGCACUGGGUAGCCUGGUUCAUUACCGGCUUUGUUCAGCUCUCUAUCUCCGUGACUGCUCUCACCGGCAUCCUGAAGUACGGCCAGGUCCUCAUGCACAGCAACGUGUUCAUCAUCUGGCUCUUCCUCUCCAUCUACGCUGUGGCCACCAUCAUGUUCUGCUUCCUGGUGUCCGUACUUUACUCCAAGGCUAAGUUGGCCUCUGCCUGUGGUGGAAUAAUCUACUUCCUCAGCUACGUCCCCUAUAUGUAUGUCGCUAUCCGGGAAGAAGUGGCGCACGAUAAGAUCACCGCCUUUGAGAAGUGCAUCGCUUCACUCAUGUCCACCACCGCCUUUGGCCUCGGCUCCAAGUACUUUGCAUUGUAUGAAGUGGCAGGGGUCGGAAUCCAGUGGAAGACCUUCAGCCAGUCUCCGGUGGAGGGAGACGACUUCAACCUUAUGCUGUCUAUGAUGAUGCUGAUCAUUGAUGCCGUAGUGUACGGCGUUCUGACCUGGUAUAUUGAAGCCGUUCACCCAGGCAUGUAUGGACUCCCCCGCCCCUGGUACUUUCCCUUCCAACGCUCCUAUUGGCUUGGGAGUGGGCGCAUAGAAACCUGGGAGUGGUCCUGGCCAUGGUCCCGGCCGACUCGUCUGAGCAUCAUGGAGGAAGACCAAGCCUGUGCAAUGGAGAGUCGAAGACUAGAGGAGACUCGUGGGAUAGAAGAGGAGCCAAAUCAUCUUCCUUUAGUUGUUUGCAUCGACAAGCUCACAAAAAUCUACAAGACGGGUAAAAAACUGGCGCUGAACAAACUGAGCCUAAAUCUACACGAAAACCAGGUGGUGUCUUUCCUUGGACAUAAUGGAGCAGGAAAAACCACCACCAUGUCCAUCCUCACCGGUCUGUUCCCCCCAUCCUCCGGCUCCGCCACCAUCUAUGGACAUGAUAUUCGUACGGAAAUGAACGAGAUUCGGAAAAGCCUGGGGAUGUGUCCUCAACACAACGUGCUGUUUGACAAGCUAACUGUAGAAGAACAUCUCUGGUUCUACUCCCGGCUGAAGGGCAUGGCCGAGGAGGCAAUACGCAAGGAGAUGGACAAGAUGAUUGAAGACUUGGAGUUAUCGAACAAGCGCCACUCCUUGGUCCAGACGCUAUCUGGAGGAAUGAAGCGUAAACUGUCUGUAGCCAUCGCUUUUGUUGGGGGGUCCAAAGCGGUAAUAUUAGAUGAGCCGACGGCCGGUGUUGACCCUUAUGCAAGAAGAGCCAUAUGGGAUCUUAUUCUAAAGUACAAACAGGGCCGCACGAUCCUUCUCUCCACCCAUCACAUGGAUGAAGCCGAUCUUCUGGGCGACCGUAUUGCUAUUAUUUCUCACGGGAAGCUGAAGUGUUGUGGUUCUCCGCUGUUUCUGAAGAGCACUUAUGGAGAUGGCUAUAAGUUAACGGUGGUGAAGAAGCAGGGAAGCCCAGAUAUCCGCUCGACCUCCUGCAUAAGCCCCUGUUCAGAACCUCGGGUGACUCAGUUUAUUAAGAAAUACGUGACGUCCUGCCUCCUGGUCUCUGACACCAAUACGGAGCUGUCCUACAUCCUCCCCAGUGAGUCCGCCAGGAAAGGCUGUUUCGAGCGUCUCUUCCAGCACCUGGAGCAGAGCCUCAGCGAUCUAGAUCUAACCAGCUUUGGACUCAUGGACACAACCUUGGAAGAAGUUUUCCUCAAGGUGUCUGAAGAAGACCAGUCUCUUGAAAACAGCGACGCAGAUAUGAAGGAGUCCAAGAAGGACACUUUGAAGCCUGUUCUUCAGCCAGAUUCCAGCCCCGAUCCCUCAACCAUGACGGAGCCUGGAGAUAAACCUGAAGUAGAACUCAACAACUUUGCAUCAGAAAUUCUUCCGGGUCAGUCGCCCGGUUCUCUGCGUUCCGGUUCGUCCUCUUCUGUGGGAUCUGUGAGGGGAGAGGAAGGUGGAGCGUACGCGGAGUUCUACGGUGACUACUCGCCCUUGUUCGAUACCUCGCAGGAUGUGGAGAACCUAAGUCUGCAUGAUCCGGAGGAAGAGGAGCAGAUCAUGGACGGCCAAGGCAGCCACAAGCUGGAAGGGUCCUGGUUGAAGUUGCGGCAAUUCCACGGGCUGAUUGUGAAACGUUUCCAUUGUGCUAAAAGGAACACCAAAGCCCUAUUCUCCCAGAUCCUGCUCCCCGCAUUCUUUGUAUGCGUCGCCAUGACCGUUGCGUUGUCUGUGCCGGAGAUUGGUGAUCUCCCGCCACUGAUAUUAUCCCCAUCCCAGUAUCACAACUAUACUCAGCCUAAGGGGAACUUUGUACCGUACGCUAAUGAAGAGCAGCCGGACUACAGGCUGAAGCUGUCCCCAGACGCCAGCCCUCAGAUGCUUGUGAACACGUUCUACCUACCGUCUGGUAUCGGGGCUACCUGUGUACUAAAGACAGCAUUUAACAGUACAUUGGAUCAGCUGGUGCAGUCCCUCAAUCUAAACAGCAAUGAGUCCAAGAUGCUGGCGGCCCAGUACUUCGAUGCCAUGUGCGUGGACUCUUUUACCCAGGGGCUACCACUCUCCAACUUUGUGCCACCGCCGCCCUCUCCGGCCCCAUCGGAGUACCCGACAGAGGAGGACCUGGCCCGUCUAUGGAAUGCCACUACUUAUCUACCACCUUCUGUACCCGCAGAAGACCUCACCACCACCCCUUCUCUGCCCCGCCGUAUCCACGAGCCCGUCAGGUGUACCUGCUCCAUGCAAGGAACGGGCUUCUCGUGUCCCAGUGGGGUUGGUGGUCACCCCCCACAGAUGAAGGUUGUCACUGGGGACAUCAUGGUGGACAUCAGUGGGCGGAAUGUCAGUGAAUAUCUGCUAUAUACCUCAGAUCGGUUCAGACUACACAGGUACGGGGCAGUGACAUUCGGAAAUGUGCAAAAAUCUAUUCCAGCAUCCUUUGGGACGAAGGCACCCCCUAUGUUGCGGAAGAUUGCAGUUAGACACACGGCACAGGCAUUUUACAACAAUAAAGGAUACCACAGCAUGCCCACGUAUCUCAAUGCACUGAAUAAUGCAAUCCUGAGGGCCAACCUACCAGCGUCCAAAGGAAACCGAGCCGCUUAUGGGAUCACAGUUACCAAUCAUCCGAUGAACAAGACCAGCGCCAGUCUAUCCUUGGACUAUCUGUUACAAGGUACAGAUGUGGUGAUCGCGAUCUUCAUCAUCGUGGCGAUGUCCUUUGUUCCUGCGAGUUUUGUUGUGUUCCUCGUUGCAGAGAAAUCCACAAAAGCCAAGCAUCUGCAGUUUGUCAGCGGCUGCAAUCCUGUGAUCUACUGGUUGGCCAACUAUGUUUGGGACAUGCUGAAUUACCUGGUCCCGGCCACUUGUUGUAUUAUUAUCCUCUUUGUCUUUGAUCUUCCCGCUUACACGUCUCCCACCAACUUCCCCGCCGUCCUCUCCCUCUUCUUACUCUAUGGCUGGUCCAUCACCCCCAUCAUGUAUCCGGCCUCCUUCUGGUUCGAGGUUCCCAGUACGGCCUACGUCUUCCUCAUCGUCAUCAAUCUGUUCAUUGGUAUUACCGCCACGGUGGCCACGUUCCUGCUGCAGUUGUUUGAACAUGAUAAGGACCUGAAGUUGGUGAACAGUUACCUGAAGAGCUGCUUCCUCAUCUUCCCCAACUACAACCUUGGACAUGGACUCAUGGAAAUGGCCUACAAUGAGUAUAUCAACGAGUACUACGCAAAGAUAGGUCAGUUUGAUAAGAUGAAGUCUCCAUUCGAGUGGGAUAUCGUCACCCGGGGGCUGGUGGCCAUGACCAUCGAAGGUUUUGUUGGUUUCUUCAUCACUAUUAUGUGUCAGUAUAACUUCUUCCGCAAACCACAGCGUCUCCCCAUCUCCAUUAAACCCAUAGAGGAUGAUGACAUAGACGUGGCCAACGAGCGGCAGCGGGUGUUACGUGGAGGAGCAGAUAAUGACAUGUUAAAGAUAGAGAAUCUCACCAAGGUGUAUAAAUCCCGUAAGAUGGGCCGCAUCCUGGCAGUCGACCGCCUCUGUGUCGGCGUCCAGCCCGGUGAAUGCUUCGGCCUUCUUGGAGUAAACGGAGCUGGGAAGACGACCACCUUCAAGAUGCUCACUGGGGACGAGAGCACCACGGGGGGAGAGGCCUUCAUCAAUGGCCACAGCAUCUUGAAGGAGCUCCUCCAGGUGCAGCAGAGCAUCGGGUACUGUCCGCAGUUCGACGCCUUAUUCGAUGAGCUGACCGCACAGGAGCACCUCGAGCUGUACACCCGCCUCCGGGGGAUUCCGUGGAAGGAUGAGGAACGGGUGGUAAAAUGGGCAUUGGAGAAACUGGAACUGACCCAAUAUGCCGACAAACCGGCCGGAACGUAUAGUGGGGGCAACAAGAGGAAGCUGUCUACAGCCAUUGCUCUCAUUGGAUACCCCUCCUUCAUCUUCCUGGACGAACCCACAACAGGUAUGGACCCCAAAGCGCGACGAUUCCUGUGGAACCUAAUCCUGGAUAUAAUAAAAACGGGGCGAUCUCUGGUGCUGACAUCACACAGCAUGGAAGAAUGUGAAGCUCUCUGUACCCGACUGGCGAUUAUGGUCAACGGGCGACUGAAAUGUCUCGGCAGCAUCCAGCAUCUGAAAAACCGAUUUGGUGACGGAUACAUGAUCACGGUCAGGAUGAAAUCCAGCGUUAAUGUAAAGGAAGUUGUUCGGUUCUUCAACAGGAACUUCCCAGAAGCUAUACUCAAGGAAAGACACCACACGAAGGUCCAGUACCAGCUGAAGUCUGAACAGGUCUCUCUGGCCCAAGUCUUCAGUAAGAUGGAGCAAGUGGUGGACGUUCUGGGGAUAGAAGAUUACUCCGUCAGCCAGACCACCCUAGACAAUGUAUUUGUCAACUUUGCAAAGAAACAGAGCGAUAAUCUGGAGCAGCAAGAGGUGAACCACAGUAACAGCGUUCCGUCCCCCAUGGAGCGAGUGCUGAGCCUCCUGCGACCCCGGACCACACCCACCGAACUGCGGGCCCUUGUGGUGGAGGAGCCCGAAGAUCUAGAGACGGAUGAUGAAGGCCUGAUCAGCUUCGAGGAGGAAAGGGCUCAGUUGUCUUUUAAUACAGACACGCUUUGCUGAGAAGACGUCUUCAUUCUGCACCGAGCAGGACCACCCGAUGUGUUGGAGACCACUGCCCCAUUUUUACCAUACCCCUUCCCCAUUACAGCCUGGGGGUUGUGUGAUGGCUCCGGACAGCUGUGUAUACAGCACACACGGACCUGCCUCUGGACGCCACACAUACCACUGUCCAUGUAUAGGGGGCGCUGCUCUGAAAUGGACAGAGAGAGCAGACCCCAAAGCUGCUUCUGAAUGAACAUGGCCGGGGCCACAGCAAUGCCGGGUCAGACGUCUGUGGAUACGGAGCCUGUGAUCUGCUACGACCAGCGAUGGAUGAGACUGGCUACAGCUGAGGAUUCUCCCCCUGAGGAAUGUACAGGCAUCAUGCUGCAGACAGGGGGCUCCACUUGUCAGGACGUUGCAGCAGACGUGGUGCUCUGCUCUCCGGGCAUUACUAAGACUUAGUUUUAGUUUCUAAUUAUUUCUUUCCGUUUUGCUGUUUUUCGUGCUCUCGUCCCCUUUUUCUUCGUCUCUUUGUGCAAUAUAAAUGUGCCAACCAAUGUAUAUAGUGUCGCUGCAGGGGGCGCUCACAGCCAGCAGGUACCCUGGUGGCCAUUUUUAGGAACUGCACUGCCAAAAAAAUGGAUUCUGUAUGUUGUAUAUAAUGCUUUAUUUUGUGUUUUGGUUUAUUUUUUCAAAAGCUGCAAAUUAAAUGACCAAAUAUGUGCACUUUA